UCUUAAGAUGAACGCUUACAAAGAAGAUUUCGGUUUUCAUUAGAAAUAACCCAGAUCAAUCAGUCAUCCUGCCUCAUACUUAAAGACUGGAAUUUGAACAGUCAUGUAUACAAUACAAAUCCUAACGUCACGGCAAAUAUUCAAGUGAGGAUGUGACGGACUUUAGUCCAGCUUUUUGUCUUGUGAAACUCGUUAUGUCGCUGGAUUCAAGCAAGGAAGUCCUCGUUAAGCCAUCAAACAUAUUAUUUUAUUAUUCAACUGAAGGCACUUGCAACACAUGUCAAGUACUCAUUGUUAAUAAAUCAGCAAGAAUACUGCGCUUCAAAGUUUUAUCUACAGCACGUUCCAAGUAUUUGCUAUCAAUAUGCAAGGGCGUUUUAAAGCCUGGUGAAUUCGUUGAAACUGAUAUUUCAGUUUCCAGAGUUUCGAUAACGGAUGAUACGAAGGACUUUUUCAAGAUCCAGUUUUUUGAUUCAUACGAUGGCUCCGCUUUUUGCGAGCAUUAUAUAUGUUCAACCAUUUCGCGUAACCCCUCUCAUAAUGUUGCUAUUCAAGAUUCAGAUUCAUGCAGCACUUGGCCCAGUCGUUAUCAUGAUGUUGGUUUGUCUAACUCAAGCUUAAGAACGGCAUCUUUAUCGCGAGCUUUUGGAAGCCUGAUUGGGUCAGAAAAGCGCCCUAGUACUGCUAAGACAUACUUAUCAUUGGAUCGUGCGAAAUGUGUUGGUCUUUCUAACAUGUUCCCUACAGUCAAAGCACAGAAGAAUAUAUCAAAUUCAGGUAUGUUAACAGUCUGUCGUAGUACCAGUGAUAGUCAAUCAGAAAACGCCAGAACAAGCAUCAUCUUGUUCAAUAAUCUACUUUAUAAUUCUUUAUUUAUUUUAAGUUUGAUUGUUUGUCUAUUCGGAAUUUUACUACCGUUCCUUCCAUAUGAUUGUAAAUUAUGGUUAUUGUCAAAAUUACUUCAUGAGCGAUUGAAGAUUAAUUAUAUUACUGCUACUCCAAGUUCAUUGACUUUUCCAUAUCAUUCACAAAACGUCCAUGACCAUUCUCAAUCUUAUAAGCAAAGCUCUGGAGCCACCUAUUCAUCGACAAGUGAAUGUCCUACAGGGGAAAAUCCACCAAAAGAUGAAUUUAGUCGUCACACUCGUCUCGCAUUCUUUGCUUUCAAGAGUGCAUUACGUAGUAUUUGCAGAGCAAUAAUUGCUUUAGAUCCAUUAGUCGCAGUUGCUAAUAUGUCAUGGUUUUGCUUAGGUUUGUUACUUAUGUAUCAUUGGAUAAAAAGAAGGUAAAGCUGAACAAGAAAUACACAACUGAUACAUUAUUCCGAGCAGAUGUCGGCAAACCAGGGAAACCUUUGUUAUUUAUUUAACAAUAUAACUAGUAUAAAAGAGAGAUAUCAUCUUCAUGAUUUCUAGAUGUUUGAAAAGUUUAUCCAGAUUUACAAAAUGACUUCAUUCUUUCUUUUACGCUUCUGCUGUUCCCGUUACCCCUAUCUGUAUUCAGUAUAUGUAAAGCACUGUUUUUGGUUCGAUUAUUCCUUCAUCUAGUGUACCUACUUUUUAUAGAACACUUCAUUUUCUACUUUCGUUUACAUUGUGUGACUUUUAAACUUUAAAAAACGUUCCCUUGUGUAUCAGCAACUGUUCAGUUAGUACAAGUUUCAUGAUUUCUAUAAUUUCAUUAUAUAUUUAUCAAAACAUCAAGUUACUUACUGGGCGGGUACGACAUAUAUAUAUAUAUAUAUAUAUA